CAGGUCUGCACUCCUGUCAUAUGAAGGUGAACCUGGUCAGGGGGAGAUCCGGGGUGGAAGAUGGCAGCUGCCUAUCUUACCCAUCAACAAAAGGUCCUUCGACUUUAUAAAAAAGCGUUGAGACACCUGGAAUCAUGGUGUAUUUUUAGGGAUAAAUACCGGUUCUACGCCUGCUUGCUGAGGGCACGCUUCGAUGACAAUAAGAAUGAGAAGGACAUGGUUAAAGCCACGAUGAUGCUCAAAGCGGGGGAAGAGGAGUUCUGGGCUAACCAGCACCCGCAGGUCUACCUGUUCCCAGAUUCCCCUGGCGGGACCUCCUACGAGAGAUAUGACAGCUACAAGGUCCCUGAAUGGUGCUUGGAUUAUUGGCAUCCCUCAGAGAAGGCCAUGUAUCCAGACUAUUUUGCCAAGAGGGAACAGUGGAAGAAGCUCCGAGAGCAGAGCUGGGACAGAGAGGUGCAGCAGCUGGAGGAGGAGACCCCAGCCGGUGGGCCUAGGUCCGAGGCCCUGCCCCCCGCCCGCAAGGAGGGAGACCUUCCUCCCCUAUGGUGGCAGUAUGUCACCCGCCCCAGGGAGCGCCCUGUCUGAAGCCCUUGGGCAAAGGCUGCUGGGAUACACAGGAACAGCUCUUGUGCCUCCUGUUCUUGAUACC